AUGUCUCUAAUUGUCACGCUGCUGGUGGUGACUUUGGCUGCUCAGUGUUGGACUUCCCCACAGCAGAGAAACUGGACUCCUCAGGCCAUCUUAUACCUAACGGGAGCACAAGGACAUCGCUCAGUUCUGCAGCGCCCCAGCAGAGAGGAAGGAGACACCUUACACUCAGUGACUCACAGAGAUGGACCGGGUUUGAAUUUGUCUUCCUUGUUUCUGGAGCUUCUGCUGCGAGCUGUGGAAGAAGGUAAAACCCUGACAGUUAUCACCGCUGCAUCACUUAAUCUGAAUGUUUACCACAUGAUCACUGACCUGACUGCAGGACACAACGGAAUGAACCUGGCAUUCAUUAAAAAGACAAAACUACAAUAA